GGUGGAAGAACCUCCCUACUAUAUUGUGCUCACAACGUACCUCAGUUACUUGCUCUUCAUCGGAUUCGGUCAUAUCGGUGAUUUCUUUGGCAAACGAUUCGCACAGUCCUCUUUCACCCAUUUGAUGCCAUAUGGGAUACGCACCCCUGAAUUCUGAUCUCGAUUCGAUGUAUACUCGUCACUGCAAGCGGCGCAUAGAUGACUGCUUCUCCCAGCCAAUCACUGGCGUUGCUGGCCGAACCACCCUAAUCUAUGACCGAUAUUCUGAGGACUAUAAUUAUACUCAGAUAUACCCAGGAACGACAACCAGAGUGCUCAAUGUUGCUUCAUACAACUACCUGGGAUUUUCCCAGUCGCGCGGCGGGUGUGCCGAUGCAGUCGAAGAAUCUAUCAAACGCUACGGUGUUUCGGCGUGCGGAACACGUUUAGAAGGGGGUACGUGCGAUCUUCAUCGGAUUGCCGAAGAAUUGAUUGCGCGGUUCAUCGGCACGGAGGACGCGUUGAUUAGUUCCAUGGGAUUCGCGACUAAUUCGACGAUCAUUCCGGCGCUAGUGGGCAGAGGUUGUCUUGUCAUCUCGGACGAGUAUUGCCACAUGUCCGUGCGAACAGGCGUGAGGCAAAGUAAUGCGCACGUGAGGAUCUUCAAGCACAACAAUAUGGAUAGCUUGGAAGGGUUGUUACGAGAGGUUAUCAGUCAGGGUCAGCCGAAGAUCCAUCGACCAUGGAAGAAGAUACUUGUGAUCGUGGAGGGCUUGUAUAGUAUGGAAGGCACGGUAGUCAAUCUACCGAAGAUUAUUGAACUGAAGAAGAAAUACAAGUUCUACCUCUUUAUAGAUGAGGCACACUCAAUCGGUGCCCUGGGACCCCGUGGGCGUGGAGUGACAGAUUAUUUCAAUGUUCCAUCUAGCUCUGUUGAUGUUCUCAUGGGCACCUUCGCGAAAUUCUUCGGAGCCGCUGGUGGAUACAUAGCGGGACCCAAGCCUUUUAUUGACAGUCUUCGAAUGCAUGGUCAUUCCGGGACGUAUGCCGAAGCGAUGGCACCGCCUGUCCUGACCCACAUUAUCGCAUGCAUUGCUAGCAUCAUGGGUGUUUCAUCUGUCCCCGUCUCCCCGAUUUGCCAAAAUACCUUUCAGUCGGUCACCCGAAAGCAGUCCACGGAUGGAGAAUUGAUGCCCAGUAUGGCCCGCGAGCGCCUGCGUUCAGGGAUGCUUCCGGCUUCUGCACUUCCCACAUGGCUUUCCCUACCUCCAUCACUUUCUGAUGGAUCUGAGGCGCGGGAACGAUUACGCCGCCUAGCAUUCAACGCUCGGUAUCUCCGAGCGGGCUUGGAGAAGCUGGGUUUCAUCACCUCUGGUCAUCCCUCUUCUCCCGUCGUACCUGUCUUGAUCUUUAACCCUGGAAAGAUGGCGAUGUUCUCACGAAUGAUGCGGACCCGGAAACCCACACCCAUGAUUGUGGUUGUCGUCGCAUAUCCUGCGACGCCUCUGAUAAGUGGCCGGGUGAGGUUCUGCAUGUGCGCGUCGCAUACAAAGAAGGAUAUCGAUGUCGUGUUAAAGGCCUGUGAUGAGGUUGGGGACCUGCUGGAUAUCAAGCAUGGAAAAGGAAAGCGAUGGCCAAUCGAGGAGAUCUCGAAGAGAAGCAUCGAACUCGUCCAUUCCAUCUGAUCCUGUGUUACAGGGAUAUCUUUUCCCUCACCUUUAUUUAUCGAGAACUGAUAUAAUCCAAGAGGUGUCAUGUGUUUCGUUUGUUGUUUGUACAUACAGCACUAGAUGCUUCGUGGGCCAGAAGGCCAAGACGAUCACCCUCCGAGACUAUCCGAACCCAUCAGGACCCUGCGUUUGCGAUAAAACGAUGUCAUUUCGGAAAAAACUUCAUGGUGUUCAGUGACAUGUCAUCGAGCCAAACACCUUCAAAUGCGAGAGAUCAGCGCUUCAGCCACGUAGGCGUAGUAACCUCGGAGGUAUGAACGGCGCCCGAGA